AUGGUACCGGUACCGUCAACGUAUUCAUUCGAAAUUUUCCGGCUGAACCAAAAGCCAAAUCAACAUCCAGAACAACCGGUCCGUAUGGGCAAGAUAUCUGUAGAACAGACACUUGGGCUUCGUCAUUCGGUGUUGUGGCCUGACAUGCCUUUGUCGCAAGUGUGUCUUCCCGAGGAUAGCUCAGGGAAGCACUUCGGCGCCCUGUUACCUCACUCUGACGAACCUAUUGCCGUCAUCUCGCUCUUCGUCGAAGAACUGCCGAUCGAUAAGAACAUUACAUCGGACGUGCCACCGUCUGCACACGAGCAGGAGCAACAGCAGGUGCAGCAGAGAAUGACUUAUGGACAUUCGGCAGAUGACGCCAUCGAUUCCAAACGCCCACGAAUCGUGGUGCGCUUCCGGAAAUUCGCGUGUGCCCCGCGUUAUCAGGGCAAAGGACUUGGGACCCAACUCCUCGCAUACGCCUUAUCGAUCGCCCGAUCUGAGCUGGAUGCCACGAUAGCGUGGUGCGACGCACGAACAUCGAGUGCAUUGUGGUAUGAGAAACGAGGUCUUCGACGGUUUGGCAAGAUCUUCUACAAAGGACCUGUGGAGUACGUUCGCAUGUGGAUCGACUUACGGGAUUAUCCAGGUCGUGAGCUCUCUCAGCCAGUUAAAGGUCGUGUUUCGGCACUUGUGGUGGCCGCGGUCGACAAUAUGAAGCCCGAGUUGGACGCUUCCACUCAUUAG